AUGUAUACUGAGCCACAAAAAACACAACAACAACAACCGGCUGCAAUCACAAGCAGCGGAACAGGUAGCAGCAGCAGCAGCAGCAGUACGCGUUUUCGCCGACAAAAAAUAGUUCCCGCAGUGGUGGCUAGAAAAAUCGGUGCUAACAGCACGAAAAGCUCAGCAAAACUCACUUCGUUUAAGGAAAGUCCGAAGGAAGCACCUAGUCAAGAUGAAUCCAAGCAAGUCACAACUCCUAAAGAGGAGUUGGUAGCGGAUGUCAUCAAUUUGCCGCAAGUGGAAGCUGCACAAUCGCUCGAAGUUUCAUCAGCGUGCCAAGCCGAAGAGUCCCGCAGUGUUUCAGUAAAAGAUGAUGCACGACAGGAUGUCGCCUCCAGCAAUGCCUCCAAACCACCAGCCGCAUUCCGACGGAUAAAGCCAAAAGUUGCGAUACCGCAGACACAGAAACCGGUCAAAUCUAUUUUAAAGAAAUCAACACCCAUCAAAGACAACCCUACCGAGGCGGCGAAGGUCGAACAUGUGCCAAAGGUAGAAUAUACACUGGCAGCACAAGAGAACAGUAGUGAAGCUACGGUUGAAACCAGGUCCUUCGAUCCCACUAGCGAACAAUUCUUACCAGAAGAUAAAAAUCAGCAUAUGGACGAAAUAGUACGGAAGGAUACCAAUAUUGCCUUAAGUCCAACACAGCAGCCAAACUUAUCACCCUCUGUUCCAACCAUUCUUGCUACAUCACACGAAAAUGAAGAAAACCAACCAAAACAGGUGGCAGAGCAGAGUAAAUCGCCGUCGCCUAAAGAUGGUGUAUCGGGUCCAACAAAUAAUGUUCCAUCAGUGUCGAUUCUUCCGGCUCUUAACAAUGCUACAAAUCCCAGCAAUGCAACAAAUCUCACUGUCACCGCUACCAAAACAAUAAAACGUAGGAUUAAGUUGGAUGGUCUUGCGCCGCAAAUAGCGGAACUGCUCAAAGGUAGCAUCGGUAACAAAAAGUCGACCACCGGUAUAUCAACGCUAACUAAAGGGAAGAAGCUAGCUGCUGCAUCUUUUCCCCCAAGUACAUCACAUGAGAACGAAAAGAACCUGUCCAAUAAGAUGGUUGUAGAGCAGAGUCAACCGUUGGUCGAAAAUAAUAAAACUUCCGAUUCAGCUGAAGUAGAUAAAGUAUCCGUCCAAGAAAUGCGUAUCGAUAACGUACCAUCAGCUUCGCCUCUUCCGAUCACUAAUGUGCCACUUGUGCCAUCAGCUAAAAAUGUUCCCAGCAAUGGGACUAAUACCGGUGUUGCUCCAACAAAAAUUAUCAAAAGGGCCUAUAAGUUGGGUGAAAUAGCGCAAAUAGCGGACUUACUCAAACGUAGCAUCGGUAAGAAAAUGACCACCAGUAAGCCAAUGCAAGGGCGGGUGGCUGCUGUAUCGAAACCACCGGACCAUAAAGAAGAACUGGAAAAUGUAUCGUCGUUUCCAAAUGUCUUGGAUGCAAACCAAGAUACCAAGUCAUCGGAAGUGGCUGUCGAGGAGAAUAAAGCGUCGGUCGCAGAGAGCGUAUCGUGUCCAGCUGCAGCAGAUAAAGCCGUAGUUGAAGAAUUGCGUCUCGAUAAUAAUUCACCCCAAGCAACGAUUCAUAAUUCGCCUACAGAAACUGUCGUUACGAAACCACCAUCACCUACGGUGCAAACUCGAUCAACAGCACCAGCAGCAAAAAUGCCGAUUAUCGUUGGACAAACGUCCGGAGGUAAACAAAUUCAAAAGGUACUUAAGCUUACGCCCGAGCAGUGGCAUCAGGCACUGAAAAAUGCUAAAAAAGGAAAAGCCUCAUCGAAGGCUAAGGACAGCAGUAAUGUGUCUGCUCCGCCACAGCCAAACGCAAUGCCAGGAAGUACUCCAAUUGUGCCUCAAAAUGAGUCUCCGAUAGUGGCAUCAGCAGUACCUGUCAACUCAAGCAAUUCGAUGGAAGGAAGAAGGCUGGUAAAUAUUAUUUCAAACAUAGUUUUGCCUCCGGUAAAUGUGCCCCACAGUUCGGACAACAACCUUUUAGCGAAUUCUGACGCUUAUUGCUCUUUGACUGGAGUACCCAGCCAGCCGAAUAUUUUCAGCGUGUCUGAUGAUGCAGUAGCUAUAAACAUUCCUAUGACACCACCCGGCACAACACCAACAUACCCGAAGCUGAUUAUUCUGCAUCAACCUGCACCAGCUUCGGGUUCAUCGCCGUCUACAGGAAAGUCCAGCAGCAGGUUAAAGUUACCACAAGAUUCUUUUAGCGUUACCGUACUACCGAAGCACACCGUUCGGGCAGGACAUCCACCCUCAUCCACUCCUUCGUCGCAGAAGAGGCCCUUACCAACACCGGACGUAACCGUGCGACAGAUUUCCCCGAAAAAGAUGCCUUACGCUAGUGCUGCUCGAGUCCCGUUGCCCACACCAAUCAUUUCAGUCACCGUCACUCCGGCAGCCAAUGAUGAGGGAAGUAGCUGUGCUUUGGCCAACAAUCACCUUAACGUACCAAAUGAUCCUCGCAUCGUUCCCAAGAUUGUAAUCGAUCGCUGCGAUACGGCUGAGCCCGACGACAGCCAAGCAUCGCACUCGUCCACCUCCUCGUCAUCUUCAUCGUGCCAGAAUUCGGUUCCAAAGCAUCAACCGAAGAAACUUACCGAUAUCUGCACAACAACAGCACAAGCUAAAGAUUGUUUGGUCAGCUCGGUAAUGGGAUGCUCACCCGACAUCCGGGAUAAGUUACGUGCAAAGUCGUUACAAAAUUUGAGGAAGAAAAAAGAGAGCGAAAACCGGGGACAAUUGCCACGACAAUAUGCUGGUCCUGCAGCGAAGCACCUGCACCAAGGGAGCAAGGAUGCAAAUGUACUUCAACACAUCGAAACAUUUGGUGAUGGAGACACAACUGUUAAUCCUACGAAAACGGAUGGUAGCGCCGGUACUGAUUUAGCACUCAGCAAUGUCUCCAACAUUGCUUCUAAUGCCACUCUACAUUCUAAAACUCCCAACUUAGAUGUACAGUGCGUGAUUACUGAGGUGGCCGGACAAUCUGAAGCAGCAGUAGCAGCAGUUCCAUCGAGUGUACCGAAAUCGGAUAAACCGAAAAAGGAUCGUGGACCAGCAACCGCAAGCAACUCGAAGCAUGCUGAAACACAAGAACUCAGUGCUCCAAAUAACGGCUCCUUACACUAUGAUCAGCAGCAUGAUGAGCCAUUGGUCCAAAGUGGUUGCUCCGAUGGUAAUGCGCCGUUAGCAGGAUCAACAGUCUCUCCCAAUACGCAAAUCCCCCAAGCUCCGGUUGGUGAUUCGAUUCGUGAGGAGAAAAAGGAUUGUGAAUCGAAUGCAUUUUUCGGAUUUUCCAGUGCGUCCAUUGAUCGCACGGAACGAGAUUUUGAGGACAGGGCACGCACCAUUGAUUUGAUGCUAGCAAAAAGACAAUCCGAAGAAGGUACGAGCGAGAAAGAAGAAACAAGCGAACCACCUUCCCCCCCUAUGAAGGAAACUACAGACGAUUCAUGCUUUAACACGAUUGAGAUUACAGAAACGGCAGUACCUUUAGUACCUGAUCAAACUGACAAUACUCAACAAAUAGAAGAACCUCGGGAAGUUGGCGUGAACCUAACAGAAAUCCAACCGGAAACAACAGAGGUUCCACCAGAAUCAAAUCAGCACAACAGCGUCAGGGUGAUACCGAGCAGUGAUGAAAUGAUUGAAAAUGAGCAACAAAAUGACAUGCGUAACAUAUCUGCUGAGAAACUGAAGGACUGUUUGGAAGCUGAAAACUUCGAAGAAGAACUGAAAGCUCCAGAUCCUGUCUCUCAUGAUCCCGAUUUCCGAGUUCCACCAGCGGUACACCACGAUUGUCUUUAUCAGCCAGCAACCGGAGUCGAUUUGAUCGUCGCAGUAGCUGCAAUGAGGCGUGAUAAGCGUAUUUUUUCUGUUGAUGAUUUUUCGGAUCGGGAGUAUGAGAUUGGCUCGAGGGAACAAGCAUCUGUAAAAAUUCAACCCUCCUCAACACAAACACCAUCCACUUCAUCUCGGUGUGGUGGUAUUCCGCUUGGCCAUAGAAAGGAACGGAACAGGCGUAAAAGGUGGAAAGACGAGCUCAUUAAACUGUUGUGGAAGCACGUGAAUCAUGAAACUCUCGUAGCGGAUUUAGUGAGUCAAGAGAAACGACGCUUCAAUUACCAGUCGUCAUCCGAUGUGGAAUCAGAAUCGAAUGAGCAGUCAGAAUCGGAGGAGCUUACACAUUCGUCUGCUGAAUCAAUGGUGGAAGAAACGAUUUUAAAGCGAGUUCUUGCUAAUGUCAAGAAACCGGCAGUCGAAUGUGGCCAACAACAAACAACACAAAAUGACCAAAGAGAUGAACUGGAGCCAAGUACCACGUUCGUCGGUGAUAAAUCUACAGAAGAGAGCAAUGAAGUAGUGCCCUCCUGUGAAAGCUUGUCCGGUCGAUCGGUUGAUCCUGUAGCACAAAGUAAUGAGCCAUCCUUCGCUCCGGAGCCCAUUACUACAGUCUGUGAUAAAAUCGAAACGAAUGUCAAAACCUGUGAUACAUCGAGCAGUGCUGUAGCAGAACUGAACAAUACUCACACCGAACAAGUACAACUUGCACCUGUUAGUAGAAAACGUCGACGCCUGCUGUCCGAAGGGAUUAGACCUUUUGCAAAACGAAAACCGCUCGUACAGAAAAGAUCAAAGCUUAAUAGAAGGGCAGCGAUCGAUCAGUCGCUCCGCUGGUACGGUAGUUCGGAUGGUUCGUGUGACGAGGUAGUUUCGGAUUGCUCUACGGAUGGAUUGUCGACGGUAGAAGUAGCGACAAACAGUAGACAGCCAGCAGCGUCAGUUGAAGCAAAAAGUCUUCCGUCCGAAGUUAAAGAAGAACCGGGCAGAAGUAGGCUAAGCAGAAGAAGAUACUCGAGCAGUAGCAACAGCAGCACCGCCGGGAAUAGUGUCAGUCUCAGCCGGGAAGGUCAUCUGUCCGCUAGGGAAGAAUCAAAGUCAGGCAUGAGGCGCAAAGUGAGGCGCCGAAAGAAACGAACGACCACUGAUGUUGGUACCGUCGAUAGCAAUGUCCGUCCUUCCACGUCCACUACUUCCAACCUAGAUGGACAGUACGUGAUCACCGAGGUGGCCGAACAAGCGAAAACAUCGCGUGUACUCGACGUUAUUAACGUGAGGAACAAUCGCAUUGUCAAACCCGCAGAAGAACAAUCACCCGCCGAGGUGAGAAAAGAUGUGCCGAAAAAAGGUCGUGGACGUGGAACGAAGUCGAAGCAGGCAGAAGCUCCAAAGCUCACCGUGUCAAAGAACGAUACGGGCGGUAAUAACAGUACGUUAAACAAUGAUCCUGAGGAUGAGCCGUUGGUCAAGUGUGGUAACUGUGGUGGUGAUGUGGUAGCGGCAGCAUGGGACGAUCAUGCCAACUAUCACAAUGGAGCAGCGUAUCGGGUCGGGGUCGAUGCAACGCUGGACAUGAAAGACGUUAAAGCGAUCUCGACGGCAAUUUUACGCUUUAUGAAAAUUCACAACCGCAAAGAGUUGGCCUGCGAACGGUGCGGAAUGGUAAAGAAGUCGGGACUGGGGAUGGCAUCCCAUUACAUCUCGUGCGGGCUUACCGAGCUAGAGCUGGAGCAGAGCAAAGCGGCCUGUGUGCACUGUGGACGGAAGAUGAAAGCUGUGAGUCUGCUGGUACAUCAGCAGCAGCACUGCCGGGUGCUGAAGGAGCAACAGCGUCAGCUUGCUCUCGGCGAACGGGACGCUAUUGCUGCUGCUGGCGAUAAGGAUACAAAUGCAAGUGGCCGGAAGAAGCGAAAAUCGGUUGCCAGCGCCGAACGAAUGAUUAAAAAGAUGUCCAAGGAAAUCAAUGAAGACCCGAUCCGUGAGUUGAUGGUGGAAGUAACAGCCGAUGGAGUUAGCAACACCAUCCUCCAGUGCUGGCAGUCACAUCUGAAACAAUCGGAUGCAGCCGUCUGCGAUUCAAACGGCUGUCCGUUCUUUGGCAUGACAUCGGAACACAUGCGCCGGGAGCAUAGUACUGAGGACGGAUCCGCACGGAAACCACUGUACCAGUGUGGCAAAUGUACUUACAUGUCAACGAAUCAGGAAGGGAUCAAGACACAUCUUACCGCCGAGCACCCGCAAUUGAUGCGAGAGAUUGCAGCUCAACUGCGCCAAAUGCCGCAUAUGACCAGUGGUAACGAUUCCGAUGCUUACGCCGGGUAUAGCAGCACCACGGAUGAUUAUGAUAGCUUUGCGCCAGAGGAUGAGGAUGAAGGGAAAGGCACCAAAGGGGGCAAAGGAAAGAAGAGCAAAUCGAAGGCGAAAAAGACACCAAGUAAGGCGGGCAGUAAGAUCUCGACGGAACUGUUGUUGGAUUCUUCUAUAGUUUCGACCGGCACGGAGGAAACAGAUGUGUACAAAGAAAUGGUCCUCCAAGAGUCGAUUGAAUUCAAGCAGGAUAAGCACAAGUAUCACAUCAUGUCCGCAAAAUGGACGCAAGAGUUCCGCCGGACACAUUACGUGACACGGUUACUUUUCGCCGACUUACGCCCGGACCUGGACACAUCGUAUCUCCGAUCGAUUGCUUUCCUCCAUAGCUAUCUGCCACAAACAACACACUCCAUUCGGUACGUGCAAUGUAACUCCGGUCAAUACGAUCCGGGAUACACGUCGGAAAAGUUCGCGCAUCGGUGGCAGCAGAAGGCAACGUUCGAAGGUGAAGCCCUUGGAUGCGAAUCGUUAUUCUUCUGCGGUGGACCAGUUGUAUCACUCGACUGGUUACCAUUGCCGGACGAAGCUGGGAACGAUUGUGAUCAGUUUCUGGCAAUUGCUUGUAAGCAGCGGUACGAAGAGUAUUACAGCUGUGAUCAACUCGCCCUGCCCCGGUCACAAAAGGGUUUGGUACAGAUCUGGAACGUUGGUCCCAUACAAAACAUUGGAUCAUCGAAGAUUACGCUUCGCUGUCCUCAACUAGCGUUCGCCAUCGCAUGUGACUAUGGGCCCAUCUGGCAGGUAGCUUUCUGCCCUAGCGGAUGCUAUAAUGAUGCCGCCCAAGACCUUGACCGGCUAGGACUGCUGGCGGUAGCCGGUUCGGACGGGGACGUCCAUUUGUACGCAUUAAGCCGAAGCAUGGCAGGAAAUGAACACGAUUCGUCGUCACUUCGAAUUUUACCACUUCGACCAGCAUUGCUACUAUCGCUUAGUUUCUCCAUUGAUCCGCACCACGAACCCGCCUCCGACUUUACCGGACGGAGCGUGCAACGGAUUUCGUGGUCGCGGGAAAAGGGACACAACGUACUAGCGGCCGGCUACUCGAAUGGUGUCGUGGCAGUGUGGAAUCUAUCCGUCAAAUCACCAUUGCUCGCCGGGACGAAAAAUGGUAUCCGAACACUGUUGCCCGUGCACAAGAUUCUGCACUCUAGCAGCAGCUCCAUAACCGCACUGGAUCUACACUACAGUUCCGGCUCAAGGUUUCUAGUGGUUUGUAAUGCUGACCGCCGGCUGAAGGUGUACGAUCUCGGUUGCGGUCUGUACCAACCGUUAGAAACGUUGAGCAUGGUGGUGCGUAGUCGAAUCUCGGCCAUCCGUUGGAUGCUACACUUCCCGGUGCUGGUGAUCGCGUACGAUGAUGCACUGUAUAUUGACCGGUGUGCGUACAGUGUGCACCAGCCGCGUGAUAUUGGUUUGCGAAUGUUUAACAUAUUUACGGUGGGGUCGGAAAUGACCGAUCUUGGUACGAACGAUUGGCACAGUAUGAAUGCGGUGGCGACCAGUGGCGGUGAUUUGGUGGGCCAUCGGCCGGUGCCGUUUGUGCACGGUAUGAACUACAAGAAGCUACCUCAGAUUUUAACGACGACAAUCCCGCUAAAACUGAACGCGAUUGACGAUUCUGUUGACGUUUCGUAUUAUGGUGCGUUCGCCAAAGAGUAUGGCAUUAUAUUUUCUGACACUGAUAAGGUUCCCACCGCUAUGGACACAACGGCGCUGCACUUGAAAACGUGGCGUCGGGCUAAAUUCAACCAUUAUCCUUCUGUGCGCCUAAACCAAAUCCGAUGGAAUCCAAACUGUAACUCCUACACAUACUACGCCAUCGGCUACCAGGCAGGAUUCGUGCGCGUACGAGUGCUACGAACCUAG